UAGGCCUUCGAGUAGCGGAGCAGGAUUUUUCGUGCUUACCUCUGCUCAUUCGAGUAGCGGAGCAAGAUUUGCUCCAUGGUUUAGGCCUUCAGGCAGGUGGUUUCUGGAAAGAAAUUCAGAUAGCCGAUUUCUCAUACUGUAGGAGUAGUUAUCAUCAAGAUCUGGAAUUUAAUCCGGAGGCUUGACACUUGCACCUUGGUACUCCCUCCUUCCCAAAAUCUUGGGCGUUUAAGUUUCUGCAUGUAAUCCCAUAAUCUAAGGCGCACAUGCCUUCCUCUCUCAAUCAGUUAAACCUAACCAUCCCUAUUUACUUGGAAAGAAGAUCGUGGAUGCCUCUAACUUUUCUUUUGAAUCGUUGUUGCCUCCCUAUCUACAACUUGUACGAUGGGUCAAAUAACAAUCCACGUACGCUAAUUUUCGUGCUAAAGACUAACACGCCUAACAAUGUGGGAAGGAGGGAAUACAUGAGAUCAUGUUAUUAUCUCAUCUUCCUGUUACAUCCUAUUGCUGCACCAAAAUGGUCAAAUAAAAUUUGCGGGAAACAUAAUCAGCUUUUGUUCGUCAGUAAGUUCAGAGAACACUACAGUGUUCCAAUAUCCGGUUGUCCUGUUAUCCACUGGAUUGUAAUCGAAGAGCAACAUAAUUUUUUAUUAUUACCGUUGUAAUGUACAGAUAUAUUGUUGUGAUCAACGGAGACUAAAGUGAAUUUUCUCUUUUCCCCGCCCCCCGGUUUGCAGAUCAUACCCGAGUUCCUGCUGCUGAAAUGGGUAGCACUGAAGCCCCAACGCCCGUGCAGGCACCUGUGUACUCCAUUGUGAACGAAGGCCCAGCAGCUCCAGCUGCCUGCUCCAUUGUGAACGAAGCCCCAGCUCCCUGGGCCUGACCUGUGGCAAAUGGCAAGCUGCUUGUCACCUGAACAAAGGGAGAAAAGGAAGAGGGAUGGAGAUGAUGAUGCCAUGGAUAAAAUGGAAAUGGCGAGAGUUCUUCAUGCAGCAAGAAACCAAGCGCACCUGUACACACGACUGUGAGGAUCCCGAUGGACACUUAGAGAGAGAGAGAAGGAAGAUGGCGGACGAGCGCUUCUCCACCAUCAUCAUCGGCGUACUUACCUGCCUCUGCACCACCAUCUUCGUCUUCCCUGUCUGGGCCGGUGAGGAUCUCCACAAGCUCACGGCCGGAAACCUCGACAAGCUGGCACAGUUUCUUCAAGGAUUGGAAUCUGAAUGCUUUGGAUAAAAGGCUGCCAGCGAGAAUUUGGAGGGAAAAGCCUUUCUGCAAGUGCACAAGAGCGUCCUCAACUCCAAGGCCAGUGAGGACUCUCUGGUGUUGUGUGUUCUGGAAGAUGGAAGAGGAAGAAAACCUAUUUUUGUUGAACUAAAUUUUCUGUAUUCUGUUUUGUUCUAUGUAUCAUUUGAUAGUUUUGUAUAGGAACAAGUGUUACUUAUUU